CUCGGACCUCGUUCCAGUCGCGGCCUCGUCGUAGCGGACGUUGGUAGAAGAGGAAAAAGGAGCCGUGACGGUGGCGUCGAAGGAGCCUAGAGAGAGCACAGAGCGCAGACCUCACUCACUCCUCAGCAUUCGCGAGUCCAGGGGAAUCUGCGAGGGCAUGGGGGCACGGGCUUCCACAAUUCCGGUGCAGGAGGCUGCUUUCAUGAUCAUUGUGCAUUCGGUUUGUAGCCGACGCGCUUCGUGAUUAGAGUCGCAGAGCUCGCGUGAUUGAGGACAAGUGCAGCAACCAGAAGCUGCCCGAGCUCUUGCGAUCUAAGCUAAUUUUGGGGCUUUAGAGAAGUAUCAAGGAUGAGUGGGAUCGUGCGGCAGGCUCUGCGUGCCAGCAAGUGUAGGGGUUAUCAACACAUUGGCUCUCAGCUUUUGAACGGGUCAAAAGUAUGCUCGCGUAAUGCCGCACUGUUUCGGUCGGCAGUUGUGGGUGCCGCACGGCCGGACGCAGUGAUAGCGUCUUCAAGAGUACCUUGGGAUUACAGCUCCUUCUCCACUAGCGCAGUGAAAGCCGUUAAGGAAACCCCUGCUCUUAAGGCGAAGAAUUAUGUGGGAGGCAAGUUUGUGGAAUCUCAAUCGACUGAACACAUUGAUGUGUUGAACCCCGCAACGCAAGAAGUGGUGAGCAGGGUACCACUCACCACCCACGAGGAGUUUGAGACUGCGGUUGCCGUUGCCAAAGAAGCUUACAAAACAUGGAGAAAGACUCCUGUUACUGCGAGGCAGCGGGUGAUGCUCAAGCUGCAGGAGCUGAUUCGCAGAGACAUGGAUAAGCUGGCCAUGUCCGUAACUUUAGAGCAAGGCAAAACCCUUGCAGACGCCCGAGGUGAUGUCUUUCGAGGACUUGAGGUGGUAGAGCAAGCGUGCGGAAUGGCGAAUCAACAAAUGGGUGAAUUUGUGGAGAAUGUCUCCAGUGGAAUUGAUACGUACAGUAUCAGACAGCCUCUAGGGGUCUGCGCAGGUAUCUGCCCUUUCAAUUUUCCUGCUAUGAUCCCUCUUUGGAUGUUUCCUAUGGCGGUCACGACAGGCAACACAUUCGUCUUGAAACCUUCAGAGAAAGACCCAGGAGCAGCGAUGCUCCUGGCAGAGCUGGCAACUGAGGCAGGGCUUCCCCCGGGCGUGCUCAACAUCGUGCACGGCACAUACGACGUGGUAAACCAGAUAUGUGAUCAUCCUGAUAUCAAGGCAGUUUCAUUCGUGGGCUCCGAUGUAGCUGGCAUGCACAUUUACUCGCGUGCCUCGGCUACCGGCAAGCGUGUCCAAUGCAACAUGGGUGCGAAAAACCAUGCUGUGAUCAUGCCAGACGCAGAUCCCGAAGCAACAUUGAAUGCUCUUGUCGGAGCUGCGUUCGGAGCGGCAGGACAGAGAUGUAUGGCAAUCAGCACUGCCGUGUUUGUGGGAGACUCAAAGAGAUGGGAAGAAGGCUUGAGAGAGCGGGGCGUGAAGCUGAAAGUUACCGGAGGAACGGAGCCUGGGGCAGACUUGGGUCCUGUUAUUAGCAAGCAAUCUAAGGAGCGUAUCUGUAGACUUGUGGAAUCUGGCGCCAAGGCAGGGGCCAGGAUUGUUCUCGACGGGCGUGGCAUCAAGGUUCCUGGAUACGAGCAAGGGAACUUCGUGGGUCCAACUAUCUUGGCAGAUGUGACGGAGGACAUGGAAUGCUACAAGGAGGAGAUCUUUGGUCCUGUACUUCUGUGUAUGGAGGCCGCUAGUCUUCAGGAUGCAAUUGAGAUUGUGAACCGGAACAAGUAUGGAAAUGGGACUGCCAUUUUCACCAAAUCGGGGGCUGCAGCACGAGCUUUCCAACAUGAAGUUGAUGCUGGUCAAGUGGGUAUCAAUGUCCCGAUUCCAGUGCCCUUGCCUUUCUUCUCCUUCACAGGGUCCAGAGGUUCGUUUGCCGGUGACCUCAACUUUUACGGCAAAGCUGGAGUACAUUUCUUCACUCAGAUUAAAACAGUUACUUCACAAUGGAAGGAGAAAGACUUACACGGAGUGGCUAUGGCAUUCCCUACUUCAGGAAAGGUGUAAGGGGCAUUCACGAUCUCAAGCCAGUGAAUAGGAAAAACUUCUGAGUCUCGAGUGCAACGUGCUGUGCUUAUAAUGAUUGAAGGUUUAUCAUUCUGUUGCACAGAUGUAAAUAAAGAUGGAAGACUGGAAUGGUUCAGACGUGACCCAUCAGUUUCUUAGAACAUCUUGCUCAGGCACUCGAGAUACUCCUUGUUGAGAUGUUAGGAGCUAACGGACAAGCCAUCCACAGUUUUCAUUCAGUCUGCGUUCCAUUUCAUAAACAAUUUGGCUUUGAAUGCACUUACAAAUCGAUUACAAUUCUAUAUUUAUAAUGUGA